CCUGGCUGGUAGCAUAUCCUGCUAAACUGUAAUCUGUUACUAUUAAAUUGACGUGGAUAGCUUCCAGGAAUGCCAAAUGUUGCAACACAUGUCUGCCGUCCGGCCGUUUCUUGGAAUUUGGGAUUGACAAGUGCUAACCGUAGAUGCCCAACUUUUCUUAAGGAACCCGGAAGCUGGACAGGGCACUGCUCGCGCGUCGCCCGGCGAGGCGUGCCCGUCCUAGCCGCAUUUACGCUCGUUAACGGUCAGGGACAAGCGACAACCUACAGCAAGCCCGAAUGCACCCUAGGCACGGCACCCUCCUGCGACGUGAGGCUCAGCGGCUCCCGGGUCGCCGAGCAGCAUGCAGUGAUCGUACAGAAAGGCAAGCAGGCGACCAUUAAGGCUCUGGUGGGAGGUGACGUCAUGAGCGGCGCGAUGAACGGUGUCGAUGACGACUCGCGUAGCUGGGUGAAUGGCCAACUGCUGCGGCCCGGUGUCAGAUACGCGCUGGCUUCAGGAGACCGACUGGCCUUCGGCACCGAGGAUCAGGCGUUCAGCAUUGAGUUCGAGCAGGGCGGCGGCAUGAACCCGCUGCUAGAGAUGGCAAUCAAGGGAAUGCUGGCUGGGAGCAGUCCGGAGGUGAAGAAGGCACUGCAGGACACCAACGGCAGCGGCUUGUGCUGCGCACCAGAUGGGACCUCCACACCGUCCCGUGGAUGGGACGACGCCGCAACGCCCGUUGAGCACAUUUCAUAACGCGGAGGCAGCGAUGCAGUACUCUGAGAAAAUGGGUAGGAGGGAAGGCACUGAAAAUGCGAUGUAGUUAAAUGCGAAGUUGCCUGGGAGGGACGUUGCCGGCUGGGUGGAUGCCACACCCGGAUAGGGGGGGAGAGGCGAAAGCAGUUAAGCGCAGUUGCACGGGGAAGGGGCAUGGUUGGCGCUUGUCACCGGUCACCUACAUGGGCUGCUCUCGGUGUUGAGGACAUGAGGAGAUUGAGUAAACACACCAUUGCCUACCCUCCUCUGUUGUACGUUAUGCCGUAGACGAGAAGGUUCAUGGCGCAGACGAAGACGAUGCAAUAACCCGGCUGUACUGCUCUUUCUUUGUUUGUGCAUUACCACUUUUUAGAGCCUCUACGUUCCUGCACUGCAACUGCGAUGUUCUUACAUGCGAAGUUGCCUGGGAGGGAUGUUGCCGGCUGGCUGGAUGCUGCACCCGUAUUGAGAGUCAGGAAGGGAGGAACGACCAAAGAAGAAGUCAAGGCAGUUCCGCGCAGCUGCACGGGAAUGGGGGUGAGGGGGAAUCAUGCGCGGUCGAUACAGGGCUUGAUGUUGGUGACGCAUACGCUCACGUGGUUGCUACCGGCGCAGUCACUUGCAUGGGCUUGUGUUUGUGAG